ACGAAAGCCACGGGAGUUAAUCAGACGACAGCAUGCAGCGCUCAAUCUUCCAAUUCUACCAUCCAGUGCUCUUUAUCUGUGCGUCUGCGUCUUGUGCCCGACUCCGGAAGAUAAGCAUGCUGAUAAGAAAGUGCGCAUCUUGUUUCAGACGCAAUACUAAGGUGCGCGCUCGUGUUUGAGAUUUCAGUUGCCGAUUUGUCGUUACGUGUCAGGUUUUCCCGAGUUUUCCUUUGUCUACACGCGUAAUAGUGACAUUUUGUGCUUGUGUCACCAGAGCGGCCCCGCUUCCUCACCUCAAAAUGGUCAAACAAGAUACCUUAUACGGGGAAGACCUGCCGGAUCCUCGUCCCAUGCGGCAUCUUUUGCCUCCGGCCUUGCUACUCAGCCACCUUCUCGACCCUUACCUGGGGUGCCCUGAACUCUGCCCUGACUACCGCCAGGACAUCCCUCCCAGGCUACUUCCCAUUGAAGAGGAACAGCCUCAGGACCUGUCCCUCAGAGUCACGAACGCUGUGCGCCGUCCACCAGAAAGUGCGAAGAGUUCGAAUCAGCUGCUGGCAGCGUCGGACGUGUGGCACGCCGAGAACGGUUCUCGGGAGGACAAGGUUGCCCUGGCGUGCAUGCGCAGCUUGGGCCUAACGGACGAGGAGCUCCAGCGACUGCCCGUCCGCGUUCUCAACGGUAUGGUAGGCGCUUUGGGACUGGGCACCAGUGCCCUGUGGGGGCUCAGGCGGAGGAGGAGGAGCCUGAAGAACAGGGGCUACGCAGCUGCCUCUCGAGAUCGCCGCCAGUUGCAAAUAUUUGCCCUGGAGAAGCGUAAGAUGACACUGGCGUCUAGCAACACUGAGCUCCGCCGCAAGGUUGAUUCGUUAGCGCUGGAAGUGGAGGAACUGAGCAAGAAACACCGGGAUCUGCUCAAGUGGGCAGAAGAUCGCGAGAUGAAGCUUCCAGAAGAACUGCGUUAAUGUAGUUAUAGUGGUUCCGAGCUCGCUGGUGGUUGUUGAGUUUAUUAAUGGACAUGUGUUCAUAUAUUUGUUUCACUUUACGUUAUCGUUUGAUGGAGCAUCUUGGCACGUGCCCUGCUUUUUUGUUUGAUUGUCUGCCGAGAGCUCAGUGAUUGUACGUCUAAUGUUCUUUCAUUCUCGAAACAAAGUUUUGCUUACAUGAUGA